GUCACUUCAUGUUGUGUGUGUGUCAGUCUGUUUUGUGUUGUGUGUGUGUGUGUGUGUGUGUGUGAGUGUGCGUGCGCGUUUCAACAGUUUUCAGCCAUGCUCUCCUUAGCCGCCUUCACACUUCGACUAAGGGCCUCAGUAUGCCGAGAAGGGAGGCGUACCAUAGCGACUGUUGUCUCUGGCAACAAGACCUCUAAGCUGGUGAAAGAGAGGUUGAAGAAGGAUGUGGAGAAGAUGAGGACACAGUUCCCUGGUUUCCGACCAGGUCUGGUGGUGUUACAGGUGGGAGACCGAGACGACUCUAAUCUCUACAUUAGCAUGAAGCUAAAAGCUGCUGCCGAGAUUGGAAUCUGUGCCAGUCAUGUCAGGCUGCCUAAAACUGCCAAAGAGGAUGAGGUUCUACGUAGUAUCGUGGCUGUCAACGAAAACCCUGCCGUACAUGGCCUCAUCGUCCAGUUACCCUUGGACUCUGUCCACCCCAUAGACACAGAGAAGGUAACCAACGCUGUAGCACCGGAGAAAGAUGUUGACGGCCUGACCAGCAUUAAUGCAGGAAAGCUCUCUCGUGGAGACCUGGGGGACUGUUUUAUCCCCUGUACCCCCAAUGGCUGCAUGGAGCUCAUUGGUCAAACAGGUGUGUCAGUUGCAGGGAAGAACGCUGUGGUCAUUGGACGCAGUAAAAUAGUUGGGGCUCCAAUGCACGACUUGCUUCUAUGGAGCCAUGCCACAGUGACCACCUGCCACUCUAGAACACACGACUUAGCCGCUCAGGUUGGCAGAGCAGACAUUUUGGUAGUAGGCGCAGGGAAGGCUGAGAUGGUGAGGGGAGAGUGGGUGAAAGAGGGAGCCGUUGUCAUAGAUUGCGGCAUAAACCACAUACCAGAUGAGACCAAGCCGAGUGGUAAGCGGGUGGUAGGGGACGUCCACUAUCACUCUGCCAAGGAGAAGGCAGGGUACAUUACCCCGGUACCUGGGGGAGUGGGUCCCAUGACGGUUGCCAUGCUUAUGGAGAACACUGUCCAGAGUGCCAAGCGCUUUCUCAAGACCUACGAAGCAGGGAAGUGGAACAUUUCCUACUCCAAGUUGAAACUCCAGAAACCUCAGCCUAGCUAUGAUGUCAUCCAACACUCCUGCACGCCAAAGCCGAUUGCACAACUGGCCAGAGAGAUUGGACUUUUCACAGAGGAGGCAGAGCCAUACGGGAUGACCAGAGCCAAAGUUCGCCUCGAUGUCAUGAAGCGCCUCAAGGCACAAACCAAUGGAAAAUAUGUGGUGGUUACAGGGAUCACACCCACGCCAAUGGGUGAGGGGAAGUCUACUAUCACACUAGGGUUGGCACAGGCCCUGGGAGCUCACCUGAACAUCAACUCUUUUGCCUGCGUCCGCCAACCCACUCAGGGCUCUGCAUUUGGGAUCAAAAAUGGUGCUGUUGGUGGAGGUUAUUCUCAAGUUCUUCCCAUGGAGGAGGUCAGUCUUCACCUAAACGGAGAUACCCAGGCUGUCACUGCUGCCAGUGGGCUGGUGGUAGACACUAUCAAUGCCCGUUUGCAUUUUGAAUCCACCCAGUCUGACAAGACUUUAUUUGAUCGACUGGUGCCUCUCAGACACAAUCUUAGGAAGUUCUCCCAAUCCCAGAUCAAUAGACUAAAGAGACUGGGUAUAGAGAAAACAGACCCGCUAACACUGAACGCAGAGGAGACACUCAGACUGAUCCGUCUGGAUAUGGGUCCACAGGCAAAGAUGGAGCAGGUGAGUGUGUGGGUGGCCAAUGAGAUCAUGGCUGUCUUGGCCCUCAGUAGCAGUUGGGAGGACAUGACAAGACGCCUGGCCCGGAUGGUGGUGGCCACCAAUCACAAAGGCAACCCAAUAACCACUGAAGAUCUGGGAAUUAGUGGGGUGUUGGCCUCCCUGAUGAGAGAAGCUCUGAAGCCCACCCUGAUGCAGACAUUGGAGGGGACACCAGUGUUUAUUCACACCUGCCCAUCUUCAGAUAUUGCCCAUGGCAACUCCUCCGUUUUGGCUGACCAGAUUGCCUUGAAGCUGGUGGGCCAAGAGGGAGUUGUGGUCACUGAAGCAGGAGGAAGUGCCGACGUGGGCUUGGAGAAGUUCUUUGACAUCAAGUGUCGGUCCUCCGGCCUGCGGCCUGAUGUGGUGGUGGUUGUGGUCACAGUCCACACGCUGAAGAUGCACGGGGGUGGUCCGACACUCUCUGCAAUUUCAACCCUUCCCAGAGAGUACUUUAGAGAGAACCUGAAGUUGUUGGAGAGUGGCUGCAGCCACUUGAAGAAACAAGUGGAGAAUGCCAAGGCCUUUGGCUUGCCUGUGGUGGUGGCUGUCAAUACCUUCAGCACUGACACAGGUGCAGAGCUGGAACUGGUUUGUUCCCAGGCAAGCCAAGCAGGUGCGGUGCAGGCAGUGCCAUGCUCACCCUGGGCUGAAGGGGGCGCCGGAGCGGUGGCUUUGGCCGAGGCUGUACUGAGGGCAGCAGAAACUCCCCGGCAGUUCAGCUUCCUGUAUGAACUUGAGGUUCCUGUUGUGGACAAGAUUCGUAUUAUCGCCAAGACGAUGUAUGGUGCUGACGAUGUGGAGUUCCUUGCAGAGGCCCAGGAGAGUUUAGCCCAGUACAUGAAACAAGGCUUGGCCAAUCUGCCCAUUUGCAUUGCAAAGACCCACCUGUCCCUGUCCCACGACCCCGAAAGGAAAGGGGUGCCCACAGCCUUCACUCUGCCCAUUAGAGACAUCCGUGCCAACGUGGGAGCCGGGUUCCUUAUACCCUUAGUGGGCACAUCACCACCCCAAGCAUCAACCUUCUCUUGUUUCUAUGACAACGACCUCUGCAGAGAAAGCAAAUAGACCCCGUCAGUCCCAGCCAACGAUGGGCCCACUUACUAAGAUUGAUGGAGGUUAAGGGCUUUUAUCCUACAUAUCCGCUACAGACGGUUAAUCUCCUGUUGCAUGAAAACAGUGACCUAAAGACUAAGGAGCUCCAUACUGUCUGAUGAGGCAAACGUGUGUGGGAGCGGAACUCUUGUCCCGGGCAAGGAAUUCUGUGUCCACUUCUCCUAAAAGGCUUUACCCCGAUGAAAGGAGGGAAUGUUUCUUGUAUCUUUAAUAUAUCUUUCUCAUAUCACUGAUCAACUUCCACUCUGGACAAUGGAGCACAAACAGUUACACAGACAGCCAGAGAUGCCUAUAUUUCCCUUUUCAUUUUUUGUGCUUCUAUUCAGAACGUCUAUUAUUGUGGUGUGUAAAAAUCAAUGGUCAGAUCCUCAGAGACACACCCACAAAUACACUCCCACAAACACACAAGUCCAUCUCUUGGAAUACAGCUCAGUGUCACCGGGGGCCUCAGUGUUCCCUUGAAAAACCAUUUACUAGCUGCUCCUGUCUGUUAGUCUGCCUGCACCUCGGCUGUGACAAGUGAGAAGAAGUCGUAGGAAUUACAAAAUUACAAUUGUAAUUUUUUAUAGGGCUUGACCGAAUGCUUCAUAGAUUUGUGUAUGUUUUGUAAUGUUAUUCAAGGUUCAUGUUCAAUCUUACCAAUAGAAUGAUAAAGUAUGUUAAAAGCCAUUGAUUGACUUUAACUGUCAAUUUGAUUGACUUUAACUGUCAAUUUGAUGUGACAGUAAUUUGUCAAAUCAUUGUUAUGAAACUAAUGAGUCCCAGUCAUGGGCUGUGUUCCAAUACUUUUUUGUCUUUCUCCCUAUUGUUUACUGAAUGGUUGAGACAGACUUGUGUGACAGACUGUGUCAUUCAUGCUGGCUUUCAGUCCUAAGUAGCUGCCAUCUCAUUUGGUUGUUAUUUAGGAUCCAUUUAUCAUUCCUGACACAUUUUAAUCAAAUGUAAUAUUUCUAUUGAUAGAUAUUCAUACUAUAUUGCCUUAUCAUUGGUCAUUACAUAGAGUGGCUAUGAAAAUGACAUUACAGUAUUUUGCUACAGGCUUUAACUUGAAAUGUCUCACCAUAACCUGUUGGCUAACAUAUGGGAAUGAAAGUUGUCUUUUCAUUGUUUUAUGACUUUCACCAAUGAGCUAACCUGAUGUAGUUGCACGCUUUCUUUCUUCACAAAAUUGAGUUGCAUCUCAAAGAUGUUUCAACACUGGAUGCAAUAAAUAAAUUCAUGUUUUUGAUUAUUUACACAA